AUGGAAGAAUGUUCAGACGAUAAGGCCGAGUCUGGUCAUGACCCAGACCUUAAGCCUCAAUAUGCAUUUCAAGUCCAUCGUCACUCUUCCAUAUCGUCCACCACUCCCGCCGCGAAGGUCAAGGCCAAGAGAAGAAGAACAAGUCCCCAAGAUCAUGCCAUCCUUGAAGCCGCAUAUGUCAAGAAUUCCAAACCAGAUAAAGCUGAGAGAGCACUGAUUGUCCGUCAAGUUGACUUGGGUGAGAAAGAAGUUCAGAUUUGGUUCCAGAAUCGUCGCCAGAAUGAUCGUCGAAGGUCAAAACCAUUGCAGCCUCAUGAACUCGUUGCACAUUUCCGCAAUAGUCCUGUCGGUCCUCUUCCGCUUCACAUGACUUCGCCUCCCAUUCCAGAAGAUACGGUUGCAUCGAAUACACGUCCAAAUCUUUCUCCUGCAUCCGAAACAAUCAACCGACCAGCCUCCAGGGCUUCUGGCAUUCAUGAUCUCCUCCACCCCACCUCUUCGCCCGAAGCCAGUCCCGAUCAAGACGCCGCUCAAGGUGGCACACAAAACACAGCAGCCCAGUCCACACCGCUGUCCGGCCGUGAAAACACGACAAAUGAAGCGACACCAGAGAAGCAGGGGAUCAAGGUUGGAGAGAGUGAUACGAAAGAACAGGAGGGCAGUGGCGAGACAGGAAGCGGGAGAAAGAGAGAUCACGACGAGAUGACCGGAGCAAAGACUGGGCCAUCGUCCUCCAAUGAGGCCGAGACGCCUUCUCGAGUUAGGGAAUCUCUUCCAAGAAGUUCGAGUAUGGUCCGAUUGGCCAUGACUGUGGAUGGAGCGGUGAAGAUUCGAAUCAACAAUGAACCCACACCGUCACCAGAGAAACCAUGCGCUGCACCGCCAGCUUCACAAGAAAAGGCCAAGGGUGGACUCGCCCGAAGCAAGAGUGCUAUGGGCGUCGAUACCCUUCGAGAAUCCGGACAAGGACCACGAUGCGAGGCUAUCGGAGCUGGUUUCGGUCGGUCGCGUGAUGCCAGAACUUGGGAAUUUUUCUGUGACAGUAACAGCAACGAUGCCUUGGCGACACAAGCAGAAGCUGAAACCGCCGGUUCCGCAGUCAGUGCUAUCAACCUCAUCAGAUCAAACAGUUUCAAAUCACGUUCGCAAGCUCUCAGUCCGUCAUUGACACAAGGCCGUACCCGUUCAACAACAGCCUUGAGAGAGGGCAAGCCGAAAUUAUCCCGUGCCAAGUCAUCGCUGGGUCGUUUGCAAGGAUUUGACGGUGUGACAGAAUCGUCCGGCCACAAACCCAAACAUUCCGGCCAUGUUCGGUCGCCAUCUGGGGAUUCGGACAAGGAGAACUGGGCACCAGGCACACGAAUGUCGGAACAUGCCUUACGCAGAACCCAACCUAGUGGGUGUCAGCGACCGAUCCUUCAAGAGAAUAAAGACAUGACAUUUCCAGAUCCCGGUUCUUCACGGAAGCGACGCGGUGAGAGAACGGGUGGUCAACCGUCUCCCAGUAAAGAGAAGGCCAAAGGUGAAGAGCUGGAUUGUGUUCAAGGCUUGCUUUCAUUGAGUCAAGGAGCAUGGAGAUGA